AUGUCUGUCGUCGGUGUUGAUUUCGGCGCUCUUAAUACCGUCAUUGCCGUUGCCAGAAACCGCGGUGUCGAUGUCAUCACAAACGAAGUUUCCAACCGGGCUACUCCUUCGCUCGUUGGCUUUGGCCCCAAGAGCCGGUAUCUCGGUGAGCCCGCCAAGACCCAGGAGAUCUCCAACCUGAAGAACACCGUCGGCUGCCUCAAGCGCCUCGCCGGCCGUUCCCUCAGCGACCCCGAUGUCGCCAUUGAGCAGCAAUUCAUCUCCGCCCCCUUGGUCGACAUCAAUGGCGAGGUCGGUGCCGAGGUUACCUACCUCGGCGAGAAGCGCCAGUUCACCUCCACAGAGCUCAUUGCCAUGUUCUUGAGCAAGAUCAAGCAGACCACCCAGGCUGAGGUCAAGGUCGCCGUCCAGGAGCUCGUCAUGAGCGUCCCCGCCUGGUUCACCGACAAGCAGCGCAGGAGUCUCAUGGAUGCCGCCGAGAUCGCCGGCCUCCGUCCCCUCCGCCUCAUCAAUGACACCACCGCUGCCGCUCUCGGCUGGGGUAUUACAAAACUCGACCUUCCCGCCCCCGAGGAGAAGCCCAGGAGAGUCGCCUUCGUCGAUGUCGGCUACUCCAACUACACCUGCUCCAUUGUCGAGUUCAAGAAGGGUGAGCUUGCCGUCAAGGCUACCGCCUACGAGCGUCACUUCGGUGGCCGCAACUUCGACAAGGCCCUCCUCGACCACCUUCAGAAGGAGUUCCUUGGCAAGUACAAGAUCGACAUCUUCACCAACCCCAAGGCCGUUUGCCGUGUCCUUGCCGCUGCCGAGAAGCUCAAGAAGAUCCUUUCUGCCAACCAGCAGGCUCCUCUCAACAUCGAGUCCCUCAUGAACGACAUUGAUGUCCGCGCCAUGAUCACCCGCCAGGAGUUCGAGGCCAUGGUCGAGCCCCUCCUCGCCAAGGUCCACGUUCCCCUCGAGCAGGCCCUCGCCGACGCCAAGCUCACCAAGGAGGAUAUCGACAUCGUCGAGGUCGUCGGUGGUGGCUCCCGUGUUCCCGCCGUCAAGGAGCGCAUCCAGGCUUUCUUCGGCAAGCAGCUCUCUUUCACCAUGAACCAGGAUGAGGCCAUUGCCCGUGGCUGCGCUUUCAGCUGCGCUAUCCUCUCCCCUGUCUUCAAGGUCCGCGACUUCCAGGUCCAGGAUGUCAUCAGCUACCCCAUCGAGUUCGCCUGGGAGAAGGACGCCGAUAUUCCCGAUGAGGACACCAGCCUUGUUGUCUUCAACAAGGGCAACGUCCUCCCCUCCACCAAGAUCCUUACCUUCUACCGCAAGCAGCCUUUCGACCUCGAGGCCAAGUACACUAACCCCGAUGAGCUCCCCGGCAAGACCUCUCCUUUCAUUGGCCGCUUCUCGGUCAAGAACGUUCAGGCCACCGAGGGUCCUGAGGACUUCAUGAUCUGCAAGCUCAAGGCUCGCGUCAACAUUCACGGUAUCCUUAACGUUGAGAGCGCCUACUACGUCGAGGACCAGGAGGUCGAGGAGGAGAUCAAGGAUGAGAACGGCGAUGUUGUCAUGGACGGCGACAAGCCCAAGACCCGCAAGGUCAAGAAGCAGGUCCGCAAGGGCGAGCUUCCCAUCGUCAGCGCCACCCAGUCCCUCGAAGCUUCCGCCAAGAACGCUGCCCUUGAGAAGGAGCAGGCCAUGAUCAUGGAGGACAAGCUCGUUGCCGACACCGAGGAGAAGAAGAACGAGCUCGAGACCUACAUCUAUGACCUCCGCAACAAGCUCGACGACCAGUAUGCUGAUCUCGCCUCCGAGGAGGAGAAGGAGAAGAUCAACGCCAAGCUCAUGGCUACUGAGGACUGGCUCUACGAUGAGGGUGACGAUGCCACCAAGGCCGUCUACGUCGCCAAGAUUGAGGAGAUCCGCGCCCUUGCCGGCCCCGUCGUCCAGCGCCACUUCGACAAGGUCGAGGCCGAGAGGCAAGCCGUCCUCGAGAGGCUCGAGGCUGAGAAGGCCGCCAAGAAGGCCGAGCAGGAGGCCCGCAAGGCCAAGGAGGCUGCCGAGAAGGCCGCCCAAGAAGGUGCUAAGGACGAGGAGAUGACCGAUGCCGAUGCUCCGAAGCCUGUCGUCGAGGAGGCUUAG